AUGCGCCGCGUCGCGUCCGCCGCCGUCCCCGACGCGUGUUCAACGCGUCCACGGUAUCGUCACCGCCGAUCCGAACGCACGCGCGGUGUCUCGUCGCGGUCUUUGAGCUCGGACAGGGACGAUUUAGUCGCACAGUGCACCGAGUGCGCUUUACCGAACGAACGCGCGCGCGCGGACGCGAUCGCCCGCGCGCUCGACCUGCGACGAGACGGCUACGCCCGGUGCUUGAUCGUGGGCGCGGAGACGGGGGCGUUGGCGCUGCGAAUCGCGAGCGAAGACGCGGCGUGCACGGCGCUGUGCGUCGACGCAUCCGCGGCGCAGCUCGCGCGGUGCGCGGAGACGCUGGGGAAGACGUUGGCGCUCGAUGCGGGCGAAGACGUUUUAGGAAACGCGCGAGGCGUGCGGUUUCUUCGAUGCGAUGACAUGAGAGCGUUGAAACCGUAUCACGGACCGUUCGAUGGCGUCGCGUUCAACGCGCACCUGGCGGACCGAGGCGGCGAGGACGAGGCGAGAGACGCCGUGACGCGCGCGGUGCUCCUGUGCAAGCCAGGGGCGAGGGUGGUGAUAUCCGAGCGGGAGCGUGGGGUGGGUGAGGGUACGGGCGACGGGGGGAUGGAUUUCGCGAGCAUCGUGCGCGGGCUGCCGCUCGCGCGCGUCGGCGGCGCCAAGGAGUUGGGAGAGGCGAGCGCGCCGAUGCGCGCGGAUGACGACGAGAACCCAUUGGUCUUCGUCGUCCCGAGCGCGUUCGAAAUCGCUAAACCGUUCGUUCUCGAGGCGCCCGUCGUGACGGGUUUCGGACGCGGGAGCAAACAGAUGGGUGUGCCCACGGCGAACCUCGAUCCCGAACUGUGCGGCGGCGAGGCGUUCCUGAGUAGUCUACCGCUCGGCGUGUACUUCGGUUGGGCCAAGCUCGCGAUGGAGUCGUCGUGGCACGAGUGCGUGCUCAAUGUGGGGAAGAGACCGACGUUCGUCGACGGUGAUGGAGCCACGAUCGAGGUGCACGUCAUGGGAGCGAGCGACGCGGCAAAGCUGUACGAGCGAGACUUUUACGGCGAAACCAUGCGCGUCGAGGUUCGCGGAUUCAUUCGACCGGAGAUGCGGUUCGAAUCCCUACCCGAACUCGUUACGCGCAUCAGGGCUGACAUCGGGCUCGCGCGAAACGCCCUCGCGUCGGGCGCGCACGCGCGUCCGAGCGCAUAG